CUAUUUUUACUGCAACUCAAUCUCCUUCCUCUUCUUCCCCUUCCCCAUAUAAAGGUGAGGUUCCAGCCAGCAUUUGUUGAAACAAUUAAUUAUUAUCAUUAGUUAUUAUAACAUUUAUCUAUUUACAAUUAUUACAAAUGGAUGCCAAGGUUCCUUUGUCGUGGUUCUUUCUUCUGGUGGCUCUUUUGUUUCUUUUGUUUGUUAAUAUUAAUGGCUCCGAGGCAAAGGUGAAAGUUGGAGUGUAUGAGCUGAAGAGAGGAAAUUUUUCUGUGAAGCUCACCAACUAUGGUGCAGUUGUGCAGUCUGUUAUUCUCCCUGAUAAAUUCGGGAAGCUAGAUGACGUUGUUCUAGGAUUUGACUCAGUGAAGGGUUACAAGAAGGAUACAACCUACUUUGGAGCCAUUGUUGGACGUGUUGCUAACAGAAUUGGAAAGGCUCAAUUCACUUUGAAUGGCACCAAGUAUAAAUUAGUUGCUAAUGAAGGAAAGAACAUGCUCCAUGGUGGCCCCAAAGGAUAUAGUGAUGUUAUAUGGACUGUAGAGAGCUAUAAAGCAGAUAGUCAUGUCACAUUCACCUAUCACAGCUUUGAUGGUGAAGAAGGCUUUCCUGGUGAUCUUUCUGUGUCAGUGACAUACAGGCUGAUUCAGACAAACAAAUUAGCCGUAAUAAUGGAAGCCCAGCCUCUCAACAAGGCCACACCAGUGAACUUAGCUCAACAUACCUACUGGAAUCUUGGUGGCCAAGCGAGUGGCAACAUCUUGUCACACAGUCUCCAGCUUUUCGGGUCAAAGAUUACUCCGGUGGAUGCCCAACUCAUCCCCACCGGAGAAAUUAUCCCCAUCAAAGGAACACCAUAUGAUUUCCUGGAACCCCAGCAGAUUGGCAGCAGGUUGAAUGAGCUAUCUAAUGGAUAUGACAUCAACUAUGUCCUAGACAGUGAAAGCCAUUUUCACCUGAAGAAGGCGGCCGUGGUAAAUGACAGUAAAUCAGGCAGAAGACUGGAGCUGUGGACUAAUCAACCUGGUUUACAGUUUUACAGCGGUAAUUUGUUGCACAAUGUGAAGGGGAAAGGUGGUUACAAAUAUUUACAGCAUGCUGCAAUUUGCUUGGAGACACAGGGGUUCCCUGACUCUGUUAAUAACCCCAAUUUCCCUUCGCAGAUUGUAAAUCCGGGACAGACCUAUAAGCAUGUCAUGGUUUAUAGAUUCACGGCUCACUAGAACAUUUUUUUUAGGAAUCAAGGCAAUAAUAGUGAACUUUGGUCUCUCA